CUACAAGUCAGUCCUCUCCAAAUAAGAACAAUGUCUUCCCAGAUCGAGAUCAUCAAGACCGCCAACGCUCCCCCCGCCGUUCAGGGUGUCUACUCCCAGGCCACCAAGGCCAACGGCAUGAUCUUCUGCUCCGGACAGAUCCCUAUGAACCCUGCCGGUGAGAUGGUUGAGGGUGACAUCCAGGUUCACACCCGUCAGUGCAUCAACAACUUGAAGGCUGUCCUUGAGUCUGCUGGUUCUUCCUUGGAGAAGAUCGUCAAGGUCAACGUCUUCUUGGCCUCCAUGGACGACUUUGCCAAGAUGAACGAGAUCUACUCUGAGAUGUUCGCUGAGCCCAAGCCUGCUCGCUCCUGCGUUGCUGUCAAGACCCUCCCCAAGAACGUCGACGUCGAGAUCGAGUGCAUUGCCCUCGCUUAAGUUGCGGAAAAGUGUACGAUAUAGAACAUCGCUGAACGAAAUGAAGCAUCUAUUGGAACUACCU